AAAUAAUACAAAAAAAGAACAAACAAUUAUGGCUUAUCAUAUGUAUAGACAAUGUUCAUUGAAUUGGAAUGUGAAAUCAAUGAAUUCAUUUAGUAUACUACUUAUAUUACUAAUUAAAUUGAUUUUAUUUCAAUCUAAUUCAAUAUUAAUUAAUGGAGAUGAAUUAAAUCUUAAUAAUAAUAAUAAUCCUUCAACUAUACAAAAUGAUCAACAACGUGCACAAGCAUUAGCUAAACUUAUGUCAUUAUUUUAUACUAGUGAUGCAUUGAAUAAAUAUAUGGAAAAUCUUGAUGCAUAUUAUAUGCUUAGAGGUAGACCAAGAUUUGGUAAACGUCACUAUAAUCCCAUUAAAGAGGAUGAUGAUUUAAUGAAAUAUGAUUUAAUCAAUAAUUAUCUUCGUCAACGAUUAAUAUAA